AUGUCGUACCCCGAAGCUGAGAGCUUGCGAAGCACUUUUUCCUCUUACAUGGCGGAGGGCGAGCGGCUGUAUCUAUGCGGAGAAUUCUCUAAAGCCGCCCAGAGCUUCAGCAACGCUCUUCAGCUUCAGAAUGCAGACAAGAACGGCCUGGUUGCCCGCUCCAAGUGCUUCCUGAAGAUGGGAGAGUUGGAGAAAUCCCUGAAUGAUGCUGAGGCUUCACUUCAGAGUGACCCAACUUUCUGCAAGGGGAUUUUACAAAAGGCUGAGACACUGUAUACCAUGGGAGACUUUGAAUUUGCUUUGGUGUUCUAUCAUCGAGGCUACAAGCUGCGGUCAGAUCGGGAAUUCAAAGUUGGAAUUCAGAAAGCCCAGGAAGCCAUCAACAACUCAGUGGGAAGUCCUUCUUCAAUUAAGCUGGAGAACACAGGGGACCUCUCCUUCUUGAGCAAGCAGGCUGAGAGUAUGAAAGCCCAGCAGAAGCCUCAUCCCAUGAAAUACCUCCCACACCACACCAAGAGGGAGUCCAAGCGGAAGGGCUCACUCAAGAGUGAGAAGACUGUCCGCCAGCUCCUGGGGGAGCUCUACGUGGACAAGGAGUAUCUGGAGAAGCUCCUGUUGGAUGAAGACCUGAUGAAAGGCACCAUCAAGGAUGGCUUGACUGUGGAGGACCUCAUCAUGACGGGCAUCAAUUACCUGGACACCCGCAGCAACUUCUGGAGACAGCAGAAGCCAAUCUACGCCAGGGAGCGGGACCGGAAGCUGAUGCAAGAGAAAUGGCUGCGGGACCGCAAACGCCGUCCUUCACAGACAGCCCAUUACAUCCUCAAGAGCCUCGAGGACAUUGACAUGUUGUUGACCAGUGGCAGUGCUGAAGGGAGUCUUCAGAAAGCUGAGAAAGUGCUGAAGAAGGUACUGGAAUGGCACGAAGAAGAAGUACCCAACAAGGAUGAACUGGUUGGAAACUUAUACAGCUGCAUAGGGAAUGCCCAGAUUGAGCUGGGACAGAUGGCAGCAGCUUUGCAUAGCCACAGAAAGGACCUGGAGAUCGCCAAAGAAUAUGACCUUCCUGAUGCAAAAUCAAGAGCCCUCGACAACAUUGGCAGGGUUUUUGCUAGAGUUGGGAAAUUGCAGCAAGCCAUUGACACGUGGGAAGAGAAGAUCCCUCUGGCAAAAACCACCCUGGAGAAGACCUGGCUCUUCCAUGAGAUUGGCCGCUGCUACUUGGAGCUGGACCAGCCCUGGCAGGCCCAGAAUUAUGGCGAGAAGUCCCAGCAAUGUGCAGAGGAGGAAGGGGACAUUGAGUGGCAACUGAAUGCCAGUGUUCUUGUGGCUCAGGCACAAGGCCUUGGACGAUGCCAACAAAGGAAUCAUUGAAGAGCUGAAGAAAACUAACUACAGGGAGAAUCUCAAAGAGAAGAGAGAGAAAGAAGAGGCCAUCGCUGCAAUGAAUGAAGAUAAAACAAUGGCAAAGAAGGAAAUGAAAAGAGGGAGCGACGAAC